GAGGGAGGCCCGCUGCUGCUGACGGACUGUCCGCCGCGCCGGACCGGGCCGGGCCGGGCCGCCACAGAGCCUGCUCCGCUGGAGGACUUGGAUCCGUGGAUAUGGCAACGCCGGGGUCGGGACGCAAACGCGCUCCCAUCAAGGACCGCUUCUCGGCUGAGGAUGAGGCCCUAAGCAGCAUCGCCCGCGAGGCCGAGGCCCGGUUGGCAGCGAAGCGGGCGGCGCGCGCAGAAGCCCGAGACAUCCGUAUGCGGGAGCUGGAGCGGCAGCAAAAAGAGUCUCACCAGCUGUCCUCCAGCAGGAAGUGGGGUCAGAUCCACCAGUGGAUGGUGGAUUCAGAGAUGGCCACGCUGUCUCACAGGUCGGCCGGUCACCGGCGCAGGGGACUCGCUGAUGACUCAGCAUCACUGCACAGUGUUGGCAGCUACAGGUCAUCUUCCUCUUCUUCGCUGCGGGACGUGGGCAGCUCUCAUCGGAGCCGAGCAGAGACCUCGCGCAGACGGGACCUUAUGCUUGAUGGCACCUCCAGCAGGUCGUCUAUGAGAAGCUCUCGAUCAUCAACUUCUCUGUACAGCGAAUCCCACAGCGCGAAGACCCCGGUGUCCAGCAGCUCCCGGAAGGACCUCCUGAGUGGACUGUACCAUGACAAGAGGAACUACAGCAGUCUCAAGAGCUCUAAGGCCCUUCCCUCCUACCAGCCUCGGUCGUCUUCACUCUACAGCGCCCCCCCAAUGAGUAGCCUCAGUCACCGGGCCCCCCCUACAGCCCUGCCUAUGGCCCCACCCACACCCCCCACUCCUAGCAUGACACGGAGCUACAGCCUGGCCUCUCUGUAUGAUGACGGUCUCUAUGGCUCGUACAGCUCCAGGACUCCCUCUGAGUGCAGCUGGUACUCCUCUACAGAGAGCUCAACACGGAGCAGCCCAGCGUCCUCUUCAGACGACGACUCCUCCAGCACUGUGUCCCAGGAGCACCCCGGUUGCGGACGGAGGGGCAGCGUGUGCUCGGACUUCUCUGGCAUCAGUGAGACGGCAGCCGACUAUUUCAGCCGCUCCAACCGCAGGGGCAGCAUCGUGUCCGACCUGGACGAGCUCAGCAUUGCGGACCUGGAUAGCCUGGAUGAGAAGAGCGACAAGCAGUUCACGGAGGCCUACAGCCGGCCAUCCUCCCGCUGCACCACACCAGCUCUGUCGGCCUCCAGCCUGGCGUCGCUGGGCGGCACCUCGUCACGGAGGGGCAGCGGAGACACGGGCAGCCUGAUGGACCCCGAUGCCUCGCUCGGUGAACUCAGGGACAUCUAUGAGCUGAAGGACCAGAUAGAGGAUGUGGAGGGUCGCUACAUGCAGGGGCUCAAAGAGCUCAAGGACUCUCUGACUGAGGUGGAGGAGAAAUACAAGAAGGCUAUGGUGUCCAAUGCUCAGCUGGACAAUGAGAAGGCCAACCUCAUCUACCAGGUGGACACGCUAAAGGACGUGAUUGAGGUGAUGGAGGAGCAUAUGGCUGAGCUGCACCGAGAGGUGGAGGAGAAGUCUAAGGAGCUGGAGAGACAGAAGCACCUGUGCACCGUGUUACAGCACAAACAGGAGGAGUUGAAGGAGGGCAUCCGACAGAGAGAUGAUCUGAUUGAGGAGAACCAGCGCAUCCAGCAACAGCUGGACUCCCUCACCAGGGAGCUCUUUGACCUGCAAGAAACCAUUAACUGGAAGGACAAAAAGAUUGGGGCCCUUGAGAGACAGAAGGAGUACUUUGACUGCAUUAGGAAUGAGAGGGAUGAGCUCAGAGAUGAGCUGGCCGACCUCAAGGGGAAGACCAAGUUGCCCGAGAAACACGGCCUAGUGGUCAUCCCGGAGGGAACUCCCAACGGGGACGUGGGCCAUGAGCUGAUGGGCGGAGCCAUUACUGUGGUCACACAGGAGGCGGCGCAAGUCCUUGAGGCGGCUGGAGAGGGUCCGCUAGAUGUGAGGCUAAGGAAGCUGGCCGAGGAGAAGGAGGAGCUCCUGACACAGAUCAGAAAGCUGAAGAUGCAGCUGGAGGAGGAGCGGCAAAAGAGCUCCAAGAUGGAGAGUGUGUUCACAGACGCAGAGCGCCUCGAGAACGGCACGGACCUGCACUUGAUAGAGCUGCAGAGAGAUGCGAAUCGCCAGAUUAGUGAGUACAAGUUCAAGCUCUCAAAGGCGGAGCAGGAAAUGGCCACAAUGGAGCAGAAUAUCAGCAGACUUGAGGGACAGGUGUCCAGAUACAAGGCGGCUGCGGACAACUCCGAGAAGAUCGAGGACGAGCUCAAGGUGGAGAAGAGAAAGCUUCAGCGAGAGCUGCGCACAGCGCUGGACAAGAUUGAGGAGAUGGAGAUGACCAACAGCCACCUGGUGAAGCGCCUGGAGAAGAUGAAGGCCAACCGCAACGCCCUGCUCUCGCAGCAGUGAACCCCGGCCCCGCAUCAGCGGGAAUAGCCUUUCUCUUGGCCACGCCCCUCUUCCUCAGAGCAAACGGAGACCUCUGGGGGUCCUGUGGGCUCUUCAGCGGGGGCGAGGUUACCCUUUCACAGGAAUUUGUUUUACCCUUUAUUUAGUUCUGUUAGUCGGAAGCUUUUGUACAUCAUGAUACUCACCGAGGUUUCGUUUGUUCCCUGCUGGGUGCUUCACUAGUUUGUUUUCCCAUGAGCUGCAUGAAUUGGUCUCUAGUGCUUUCGGACCCAAAGUCGGGCCCUCGGUCCCUCGAAGUGCCUUUACGAGGAGCGGUAUGGCACUGCCCGGGGCUGCCAUUUACCACAGUACGGAUGCACCAGAAGGACAUCUUUGGAAUAGGGUGCAGCUUAGGACUUAAGCCUAUGAAGAGAGGCCAUUGAGAGCAUGAGCUUCGUGGUGAGAAAAAGUAUUUGAACGUCUUUCUCGCAGGAGGUGUCGGAGGGUGGUGGUUUGUCGAACACGGGUUCCAGGCUGCAGCUCCUCCACAAUACUGAGCACCUGCCAGUCUCAGUCUCAGGAGCAGAGCUGCUGCGCAUUAAAGUUCACCUUGUGACGCAAA